AUGCAUCGGCCUCUGGAGCUUUGGGCAUUCAAGUGUGAUUCAUUCAUUCUUUGUGAGAAUGAUAGGCUAAAACCUACUGAUGAGAGUGACAUGGGAGGAGGAUACGGGGGUCGGCCCAACCUCCUGUAUGGCAAGCUGUGUUCGGAGGACCAGUUACAGCAGUUGGGGGUGUCAUUGGAUUAUGUCCCACCGGAGGACCAGCUUUCCUCGGCUCAUCGAACCUCGCAGCAACCUCCCGCCCAUGGUUCGGUAGGUGGGAGCCAGGCAGCAGUGAGUGGUGGGGGUGCCUACAAGUCAGUACCACUACAAGCACUCCACCGAUCCCCAGCUGAGCGGAGAUACCGAGACCCAGCACAGGGCCCUCUACGGAAACUCUCUGUCGAUCUCAUCAAAACUUACAAGCACAUAAAUGAGGUUUACUAUGCCAAGAAGAAGAAGCGCGCCCAACAAACGCAGGGCCAGAGUCCUAGCAUGCACAAAAAGGAACGGAAGGUUUACAAUGACGGCUAUGAUGAUGACAACCACGACUACAUCAUCAAGUCAGGGGAGAAGUUUGAGGACAGAUAUGAGAUUGACUCUUUGAUAGGGAAGGGCUCUUUCGGUCAGGUUGUGAAGGCCUUCGACCACGAGGAACAGACGUGGACGGCCAUCAAGAUCAUCAAGAAUAAGAAACCUUUCCUUAACCAGGCGCAGAUUGAGGUGAAGCUGCUGGAGAUGAUGAACCGAGCAGACUCCGACAACAAGUAUUAUAUAGUGCGGUUGAAGCGUCAUUUCAUGUGGCGUAAUCACCUGUGCCUGGUGUUUGAGCUGUUAUCCUAC